UGUGUGCGUGUGUGUGUGAGUGAGUGUACACGUGAGGCUGGCGGUGACCAACCAGUCCGUGGCAAGACCUGGCGACGCUCACAACAGCUCGAACCCGCGGGGGAAGACCACAGCCACGGACACGUACGGGAAACAGCGACGUAUCUACCCGGUCGCGAGGAUGGAGGGCGUGCGCUGGAGGACAGGAUCUACCCUCAUCCUCCUGGUGGGGGUUUUUGGUCCCCUCCUUCUCCCUUCUGGAGUCUCUGCUACUUUUAGAUUACCAAGCCCGUGGGGGUGGGCGUGCGUGAACGAGACAUGCGUUAAACAAGAGAACACCGGAGUGCGCAUCUUACCUGGCCUCAACACCUGCAAACUCACCUGUGGUCCCUUUGGCUCUCUGUGGCCUCGCCCGACAGGUGUCACGAGGAUAGAAAUGAGACUGUGAACUUCCUUCUGGAGAAGCUUAUCCUCGAGGGCAUAAGAUCUCCCACCGAGGAAGUGAGGGGCCUCGUGACGCAAGCCUUCGACCUCUUCAAGGGCAACCUCGCCAAGGAGCUGCCUGAAGGAGGGAGUCGGCCGGAGGAGAUGGGGCCGCACCACCAGGAGGUACUCGAUACCGAGGUCCGCCUUGACAUCACGGUGAGCGGCGCCGCCACCAGGCUCUCCCUCGAGACCCCUGAGGCCUACACCCUCGACAUCACGCCCCGAGGAACAGUCAUCUCCGUCACGAUCCUCGCCUCCAACUACUUCGGUGCGAGACACGCCCUUGAGACGCUCUCGCAGCUCAUUGCCUUCGACGACCAAGAGGGACUUCUGCAGAUCGUCUCCUCGGCGGCCCUGACCGACUCCCCAGCCUUCAAGUACCGCGGGAUCCUCCUGGACACCUCGAGGAACUUCUUCAGCGUGAAGAGCAUCGAGCGGACGCUGGACGCCAUGGCGGCCAACAAGCUCAACACCUUCCACUGGCACAUCACCGACUCCCACUCCUUCCCGAUGUUCCUGGAGACCCUCCCUAAGAUGGCCUUCUACGGGGCCUACAGUUCGCGGCAGGUCUACUACCCGACGGACAUCCUGCACCUGGUGGAGUAUGGAAGGGUCCGGGGCAUCCGCGUCCUGCCGGAGUUCGACGCCCCCGCCCACGUGGGCAACGGGUGGCAGUGGGCAGAGGCCGACGGGCUGGGGAAGCUGGCCGUCUGCGUGAACCAGGAGCCUUGGCAAUCGUACUGCGUGGAGCCUCCCUGUGGCCAGCUCAACAUCGUCAACGACAACACCUACGUCGUCUUGGGCCAAAUCUACAAGGAGAUGGUCCGCCUCUUCGGUCCGCUCGAUCUCUUCCACUACGGAGGAGACGAGGUGAACCUCAACUGCUGGAACACGACGGAGGAGAUCGUGAAGCACAUGGAGGAGCAGGGUCUAGGCCGCGACGCCGACGCCUACUACAAGCUGUGGAGCGACUUCCAGGCGUCUUCCUACGGGCUCCUGACGACGGCCAACAGCGGCAAACCGAUCCCGGGCAUCCUAUGGACGUCCCACUUGACCGAGGAAGGCCGCGCCGACCAGUACCUCGACAAGGACCACUACAUCAUCCAAAUCUGGACGACCGGGACGGACAAGCUCAUCGGCGAGCUCCUGCAGAAGAAGUUCCGCGUCAUCUUCUCCAACUACGACCACUGGUACCUGGACUGCGGCUUCGGCGCCUGGGUCGGCGAGGGCAACAACUGGUGCAGCCCUUACAAGGGAUGGCAGAAGGUCUAUGACAACAGCCCGCAUGCCAUCGCCACCAACCUGACGGGGUCUCCGCAGGCGGACCUUAUCCUAGGAGGGGAGGCGGCCCUGUGGAGCGAACAGGUCGACGAGAUGACGCUCGACUCAAGGCUGUGGCCGCGCGGAGCCGCCCUCGCCGAGCGCCUGUGGACGAACCCGAGCCACAACUGGGAGCCAGCCGAGACCCGCCUGAUCCACCAGCGGCAGCGUCUGGUGGCGAGAGGCAUCGGGGCUGACCGCAUCCAGCCCCAGUGGUGUCACCAGAACGAGGGCCUCUGCUAUAUCUAGGAGUGCCAAGUGUGCCAAUAGUUCGAUCGGGAUUUUUUUUACUUGGGAGUCACGUGGGUGUCAUUCUGUACCUGAAAAAGAGAGAGGGGAGAGAUUUUUCAGCAUUUUUAGCAAUGGUUCAUAAAAAAAAGCGAUCUUAGAAAUCACGUGAUGUUUCUAGACCAAGCUUGCUGAUCACAUUUAACACAAGGCAACCGCAGAUUUUUUUUUUCAGACUUAACCAUCAUAAUCCCACGGAAAAUAUACCGACAAAUGUUAUUCUAACGUAAUGUAAUAAAUAACCCCAUACUGAAAGUUGUAAAUAAAAUUGUUAUAACAUGGAGAGAUCAAUACUCGAAUGAUAAAUUGCGUUUAUUCACUGCAGUCUGACGAAGUGUAUUGUACAUAAACAGUUAUAUGUGUGUUAAGUGUAUGUCUAAUACUGACGAAA